AUGGCCUCACAGACGGCACCACCACCGGGGGUCUUCGUCCCCGUCCCUACGUUCUUCAAGUCUGCCGCUGAUUCAAAUGGGCUCGUCGAGUCCAAAGUCGAUAUCGAAACCCAGGUGGCUCACAGCGUGUAUCUCGCCAAAGCCGGCAUCACUGGACUGACCAUCCUCGGAUCAACAGGCGAGGCCAUCCAUCUCUCCCGGAAGGAGAGAUCCGAGCUUGUUGCCGGUGUGCGGGCCGGGCUCACAGAGGCUGGCUUUCCAAAUUACCCGAUAAUGGCUGGGGUACUUACAAACGGCAUCUCUGAAACCCUCGAAUGGUUGGAAGACUACGUAGCAGCCGGAGCUCAGUGGGGUUUAGUCCUGGCGCCUGGCUAUUUCGGAAAGGCUGUGAACCAAAGCAACCUUAUCGAAUGGUUCACAACGGUCGCCGAUCGAAGCCCAUUGCCAAUUUUGAUAUACAACUAUCCGGGUGUUACCAAUGGGCUUAUCGCGGAGCCGGAUACAUACAGAGCCCUAGCCAAGCAUCCCAAAAUCGUCGGAUGCAAGAUGUCUCAUGGAGACGUUUCUUACCAUGUUCAAGUAUCCCUUGACCCUCAAAUUGAUCACAGCAAAUUCCGUGUGUUUAGCGGCUUUGGGCAACAGCUUGGGCCGAUUGUUGUGUUUGGUGCCGCCGGUGUGAUUGACGGGUUGGCGGCGUUCUAUCCCAAGACCGUGGUCAGACUCAUGAAGCUUGCGAACCAAGGAUCAUACCAAGAAGAUGUUUUACAAGAGAUCAGGAAACUGCAGUUCGCUGUUAGCCGUGCUGAAGAGUAUAUUGUUAGGUCUGGAAUCAUUGGCAUUCGGGAAGGCAUCAUCCGAAACACUGGUCUGGGAGCACUUGAAGGAGGUCGACUGCCGCUGAAAGGCAGACUGCCUGAGGCGAAUUGGACCUCGUUGCAUCAAACGUAUUUAUCAGACAUUGAGCAGAUAGAGGCUACUUUGUAA